UUUUGAUAAAGAACAUGAUACAAAGAGAAUUGCUAAAACAAGAGGCAAUGAAUUUAUUUUACAAACAUUAAUAAAUGAAUUACUUUCAAGAAUUAGUAGAUUAUAUGAUUUCAGGUGAAAGUGUUGUAUUACUUCUUUGUCACGAAACAGAAAAUCCAAUAGAAAAGUGGAAGCGAAUAAUAGGAAAGAGUGAUCCAGAAAUAGCUAAAAAAGAAAAUAUGAAUUGUCUUCGUGCAAUAUAUGGAAAAAACAUAAUAAAGAAUGAAUUGCAUGGAAGUGAUAAUGCAUUUGAUAGUAAUAAAGAAAGAGACAUAUUUAAUUUUGCAGUUCCUUAGAAAAUACCAGAAUUUUAUUUCCAAAAAAUGAAAGUUUAAAUAGAAAAUUUAAUGAAAUUCCUUUUUCCAAAGAAUUUAGAACAUGCGAAUGUAAAUGAACGUCUUGAUAUGUUUGCUUUCUAUGGUCCAGCCUUAAAUUAUCAUUCUGUAGAUUAAUGUUUAUGUAUUCAAUGUGGAAAAAUAGGAAAGGAUAUAUUGGAUAGUGCAGAGAAAAAUAAAAAUAAAGAAGAAUAAAAAAAAAUGAGAAUUUCAACUUAAAAUAUAGAGUUAAUGAAGAAAUUUGAAGCUAAAGGGACAAAAAUUAAAAAAUAAAAGUUAUAAAAAGGAAUUUUAUAAGGAAACCAACGAAAUAGAGUUCUUAAUGAAGAUUAAUUGAUUUAAAUUUAUACUUUGUUAUGUGAAAAAUGCAAAACUCAUUGUGAAAAUUUCACACAUUUAUUCGGAGGAUAAAAUUGUCUGCAUGUAAUAUCUGACUAAGAGUUAUAGUAUUUAGCUAAAUAAAUCAAUAAAAAAGAUAUUCAUGAAUUACUUUUAAUUGAAAAAGGUAAUACAGCCGAUAUAUUAAUAGAAAAAAUUUCUUUAGAAGAGCCUAAAGAAUUAAAUUAUAAAAGAUAACAUAUUUAUAGAUUAUUUGAAUAAAUUAAUUCAGAUUAUUAUAAUAGAUACGAUUUUUCAGAUAUGUAAUAAAUAAUAAUUGAAGAUAGAAGAAUUAGAAUGAAUACUUGGCUAUCUUAAAUUAUUGGUAAAUCUCCUUAAAAUUUUAAAAACCCUAAACUUAUAGACCCAACAGUAUGUUAUUAAUAAAAAAAAGAUGUAAAAAAUUAUAAUUUUACAUUGGAAAGAAAUUUACCUCUUUCUAUAAUUGAAUAAAAAAAAAGUAUUAGUAAUACUCCAACUAUGUUCCCAUAAAGCUUAGUUUAUAAGAAAAAAUUGCAAUAAAAUGAAGAAAAUAUAGCAUAAUUUAUGAAAUUGCAUAGGCAUACAACUCAUGUUGUUAGUAUAGAUAAUAUUAAACAGAAUUCAGAAUCAUAUAAAUUAAGUAUAUAACUUUUAAGAGAUAGCUAUAAUGAAGGAAGGCAUGGAUCAUGGAAUAAUUAUAUAUGUUUAAAAUAAGCAAGUAAAAAAAGUUGUACUAAAAUUAAUUGA